UCGCCCGUGGGCAGCUUCUCGCUGUGCGUGGAGGCGCUGCUGCUGCUCUACGCCGUGCUGCACCUGCCGCUCUACCUGAGCGUGCUGCUGGGGCUGGGCUGCUCCGUGCUCUUCGAGGCGCUGGGCUACCGCUUCCGCGACGAGCGCUGCUUCGCGCCCCCGGGCGACCGGCUGGCGCACUGGGAGCUGCUGGGCAAGGCCCUGUUGCACCUCUGCAUCCACGCCACCGGCGUGCACCUCUUCAUCAUGUCCGAGGUCCGCUCCAGGAGCACCUUCCUCAAGGUGGGGCAGUCCAUCAUGCACGGGAAGGACCUGGAGGUGGAGAAGGCCCUGAAGGAGCGCAUGAUCCACUCCGUCAUGCCCAGGAUUAUCGCUGACGACCUGAUGAAGCAGGGGGACGACGAGAGCGAGAACUCGGUCAAGCGCCACUCCGCCUCCAGCCCCAAAAGCCGGAAGAAGAAGCCUUCCAUACAGAAGACUCCCAUCGUAUUCCGCCCCUUCAAAAUGCAGCAGAUAGAACAAGUCAGUAUUUUGUUUGCUGAUAUCGUCGGCUUUACCAAAAUGAGUGCCAACAAAUCUGCGCAUGCCCUGGUGGGCCUCUUGAAUGACCUCUUUGGCCGCUUCGACCGCCUCUGCGAGGACACAAAAUGUGAGAAGAUAAGCACUUUGGGGGACUGUUACUACUGUGUGGCAGGGUGUCCUGAGCCCCGAGCGGAUCACGCUUAUUGCUGCAUUGAGAUGGGCUUGGGCAUGAUCAAAGCCAUUGAACAGUUUUGCCAAGAGAAGAAGGAGAUGGUGAACAUGAGGGUUGGCGUGCACACCGGGACUGUCCUUUGUGGCAUUCUGGGAAUGAGGAGGUUUAAGUUUGAUGUCUGGUCCAAUGAUGUCAAUUUGGCCAACUUAAUGGAACAACUGGGCGUCGCUGGGAAGGUCCAUAUUUCAGAGGCUACUGCAAAGUACUUGGAUGAUCGCUAUGAAAUGGAGGAUGGAAAGGUGAUGGAGCGCGUGGGCCAGAGUGUGGUGGCAGACCAGCUGAAAGGUUUAAAAACAUACUUGAUCUCUGGGUUGAAAAAGAAGGAGACCCACUGCAGCUGCUCACAGACGCUUCUUCCAGGUCUAGAAGCAGGAGACAGAAACAAGCCACAGGGGGCUUCAUCGUCAGAGAAUGUUGACGAUUCAGCAAAAGCACUCAAGCACUUAGAGAAAAAUAAGGUCUGCCAUUCAUGCAGUGCUACUUUUUCCCCUGGCUGUGAUGUGAGUGUAGAGGAAGGAGCUAUUCAAAACGGAUGCCAGGAUGAUCAUAAGACCAGCACAAAGAGUCCUGGGGGAGGCAGCCCAAAGUCUCGGAAUGGACUUUUAAGUCCCCCUCAGGAGGAGAAACUGAGCAACAGUCAAACAUCCCUUUAUGAAAUGUUGCAAGAGAAAGGAAGAUGGGUUGGUGCGAGCUUGGAUCAUUCAGCUCUUCUGCCACUGCGGUUCAAAAAUAUCAGAGAAAAAACAGAUGCUCACUUUGUUGAUGUUAUUAAAGAAGACAGCUUGAUGAAAGACUAUUUUUUUAAACCACCUAUUAACAAGCUGAGCCUGAACUUCCUUGAUCAGGAUUUGGAGAUGGCCUACAGGAGCAGCUAUCAAAAAGAGGUCAUAAAAAGGGUCCCUGUGAAGACCUUUGCCAGCGCCACCUUUAGUUCACUUCUAGAUGUGUCCCUGUCCGCCACUGUCUUCCUUAUCCUCUCGGUCACUUGCUUCCUGAAACACGGGGCAGUGGCAUCUCCUCCUCCUCCUGCAGCCGUGGCUGUGGUGGUGGUUGCCGUCCUGCUCGAGGUGGUCUCUCUUACGGUCUCCAUUAGAAUGGCGUUCUUUUUGGAGGACAUGAUGGUCUGCACCAAGCGGCUGUUGGAAGUGAUUGCUGGGUGGUUGCCCCGACACUUCAUUGGUGCCAUUUUGAUAUCUCUACCUGCUCUUGCUGUCUUCUCACACUUCACCUCUGAGUUUGAAACCAACAUCUAUUCCACCAUGUUUAUGUGUUCUGCAGUUCUCAUCGCGAUAGUCCAGUACUGUAACUUCUGCCAGCUCAGCUCCUGGAUGAGAUCCUCUUUGGCUACUCUCGUUGGAGGGGUCCUGCUCCUUCUACUGUAUGUGUCCUUGUGUCCUGCCAGCUUUUUGGAGGAAUCAAACCUUGUUUCACCAAGGAACGCAAGCUUCAUACAGAAUGCCUGCAACAGAUCGGCGUUGGAUGACUUCAGGAGGCCGGCAGAUCUGAUUGGCCAAGAAGUGAUUUUGGGUUUCUUCCUUCUCCUUCUCUUAGUUUGGUUCUUAAAUCGGGAGUUUGAGGUGAGUUACCGUCUCCACUAUCACGGAGAUGUGGAAGCUGACCUCCACCGUACCAAGAUUCAGAGCAUGAGGGACCAGGCUGACUGGCUGUUGCGGAACAUUAUUCCAUAUCAUGUGGCAGAGCAGCUGAAAGUGUCCCAAAGCUAUUCCAAAAACCAUGAUAGUGGAGGCGUGAUCUUUGCCAGCAUUGUGAACUUCAGUGAGUUCUAUGAGGAGAAUUACGAAGGAGGCAAAGAGUGUUAUCGAGUCCUGAAUGAACUCAUUGGGGAUUUUGAUGAGCUGCUGAGCAAGCCAGAUUACAGUAGCAUUGAGAAAAUCAAAACCAUUGGGGCCACCUACAUGGCUGCCUCUGGGCUAAAUGCUUCCCAGUGCCAGGACAGUAGUAAUCCCCAUGCCCACCUGCAGACUCUCUUUGAAUUUGCCAAAGAAAUGAUGCGAGUGGUUGAUGACUUUAACAACAACAUGCUGUGGUUCAAUUUUAAGCUGAGGAUUGGCUUUAACCAUGGCCCCCUGACAGCUGGGGUCAUUGGCACCACCAAGCUCUUGUAUGACAUCUGGGGGGACACUGUGAACAUAGCGAGCAGAAUGGACACCACGGGAGUAGAGUGCCGAAUCCAGGUGAGCGAGGAGAGUUACCGCAUUCUUCACAAAAUGGGCUACGACUUUGAUUACCGGGGAACAGUCAACGUGAAGGGCAAAGGUCAGAUGAAAACUUUCCUUUAUCCCAAAUGCAUGGACAGUGGGGUAGUCCCCUAUCAUCAGUUGUCGAUCUCUCCGGACAUUCGGGUUCAAGUGGAUGGCAGCAUCGGGCGGUCUCCGACUGAUGAGAUCACCAACCUGGUGGCUUCGGUACAGAACUUGGACAAGAUCCCCACCGACGCAGAGCUCAAAGAUCUGCCCCGCUUCAAGAAGUUCCCAAAAGAGUUGGUUAAAUUAGACAAUCGCCUUCAGUUUGGUAUAGCUGGUGAGAAGAGUGACUGUGAGGAGGCAGGGCCUGAUGAGGCCAACGAACUGACCAAACUGAACAGCUCUAGGAGUGUAUGAUGCCCAUUGAUCCCUCUCCACAAGAAAUCCGAGAUCUCUCCAACUGGUCUUGUUCUGCAGGGAGGGGGCCGUCUGGCUCAGUUGUUACCCAUUUUUAUUUGGGCACCUGAAUUGGAGAGGAUUGUAGCCAUGCAGGGCUCUGGCCCCUCUUUUUCACUCCCCUUGAAAUCUCUCUUUUUUUUUUUUGCUGAGAGGAGACAUCAAGUGCCUUCAGAUAGACUCUGCUGGACUCCUAUGUACUGAGGAGUAUACGUAUAGAUUGGGGAUCUGAACACAUUCAAAGGAUAAGCUGUGGUUAUUUCAUUUUUGUUUCUCAUCAACAACUCUUCCUUUUGCACCUCCAAGAGGAAUGAAUAAGUAGGUGUGUGAGUGUGCACAGCACUCGCCUUUUAUAUUUAAACACAGACAAUUGCAUGUUUGCCUACCUUCUGUGAUUGACACUAAGAGCUGGUAAGAGGAAAUACUGUGGGGCAGGAAGGAAUGGUAAUUUUGGAAACUUGGAACAGGGAGGGACAAGAAGAUUUCAUUUGAAGUUACCUAAAGAAGCAGCUGAGCUGCUCUGUUUGCCAAAAUCAGAUUAAAGUGCCAUUGUGCUUUUUGGAACAUUGGGUUUGCCAUUUCCCGGCAGAUCAGUAGGGUGAGGGCAGGGUACAACCCAUCUUUGCCCAGCCUGACACCAGCCCUGUUGGAUGUGCUGCUGCAGCCAAUUUUUGCCCUGGUUGUUCCACAUUUUACCUUUGCCAGUAUAGGGGGCAGGGAUUAAUACAUGACUUGGGAGUGCCCCUCUUCCUUUUGUCAUUUGGGGGCCCUGUUGAUGCCAGUCAAAACAUCAGUUUACCUUUCUGCAUACAGAAACCAGCCUCUCAGCAAACUUGGCGUCAAAGGUGAUAACUCCUGCAAAGGUAUCUGGUAUAAAUCGUGCAGUAUUUGAGUCAUGGCUCUUGCUCUCACUGUGUGUGUCGCAAAAUAUCAGAACAAGUGGGAGUAAGAUAAGCCCUUGACCAUGUAGCCUUUUGCUGAGGAAGUGAUACAAUCUUUUAUUUGGCACAUCUUCCAAACAGUUUUGAUUCCAGUAUAGUGAAAUACUGGCCCAGAGAAAUCCAGUUAUAAAUCUGUAACAUUAAUAUGCAGAAUUGAAUAGGGACUUGUCUACCUUUUUUCCAAGCUCAGAAAACCCAAAAAGGAUCAAAGUGCUUUUAGGAUUAGGCCAACCUUGGCUACUUUAAAAGUAUAAAGUUUUGGUGUUUGGCAGAACUCUCCUUUGGCACUUCAUCACAGCUUUAUUUGAUGACACCUAAAGGCGACACUGUUCCCUCUUUGGUGGGUCAGGUGACUUUGUAAAAAUUAAAAAAAAGUAUAAUUUUUUUCCCCCCAGAUGUCAAAUUUGUGGUCCUAAAGGAGCUUUUCUGUGCCCCAUCCUUUCUGUGGAUGUACCGUAACAGCUGUGCCAAACAGCAUUACAAUAUGCGAACCUCCUCCUGGCAUAAGAUGAGGGCUUUUCCCACGUGGGCAGAAGGCCCAGCAACUCAGGCUGACCUCCACGCUUUUCAUUUAGGAAAAUAAUGCUGCGUGCUUCUCAAAGGGUAAUUGCAAAGGCCUCCUUUUUUUUUCCUCUGAAGUACUGUAUUAGCCUUCACUGUGGUUGCAUUCCUAAACACAAGAGUUAGGAGUUACCGCCGGCAUAGCUGAUAGGCUGGCUUCUGAAUAAAAUGUAUGUAGGAGUAGGCUGUGCUCCUUUUUAUGCAUCUUCUCCCCUCUCCUCCAGUUGAGCUUCCAGAAAGUUUGGUGUCUAUUUAUAUUCCCCAUAAAUGAAUAAUCUGAAGUCGCCCUUUGAAUUCUGGUUUCUGUUUGAACUGGUGUUUUCCCUAUACUGAAUGGAUGGCGCUUAAUGCCAAGCACCUGCAGGGGGAGAGCUGCUAGAAAGACCUUUUGGGGAGAGGGUGUCUUCCUUAAGGACCUGUAAUAGCCAGCAAUGCUAAGCCAGCUACUUUGAUUUCAUCCUGGGUUUCGCUCUCAGUAUGGUAUAGAUAGAUUGUUGAUUGUCCUUGGGUUUCUUGCAACAAAGGGUCUGCAGAGUUAAAUCUAACAUUUCAAGAGAAGAGCAGUAGCACUGUCUGAACUUGGCCAUUGCUGCUGAGAGUAGCUCUUUCCUGUGCCAAAGGUGCAGAAAGUUCUGAGUCUUUUUAUUUACUUUAGUUCCAGACACCUAUGAUCUUGGAGGGGAACAGCUUGUCCAUUUUAUGGUGCUGAGGUUUGUAGUGUUCAGUCAGCAAAGUGCACCUGAAAAGUAAAUUCAGCAUGAAGUUGUGUACCUCCUCUUGAAGAGUGCAGCACAUUAUCUUGGAGCCUUGAGGGAGUGGGGCUCUAUCUGUGGGCUCCCCAAGGCAAACAUAGUAGCCCGCUGGCUUAAAGCAUCUUGGAUCCCAUAAAGUGUUUCUUGCUGCAGCUGAAUAAAUGCUUCAGCCAAGGUUAGUGGGGCUUCCCAGUCCCUUCCCUGUCAAACUGGUCCAGAAGGCUAGUCAAGUUAAACAUAGGCUUCCACGGACAGUUUUCAUUCUAGAAGAUGUUCAUGUUGCCACUAUCCAUGAAUAACUACAUAGAAAAGAAAGGCUCCAUUGGGAAAUGGAGCAAAUGUUGAACGUUUGAAACAUGGCAAAAAAAAAAAAGGUUGUGGUGGUGGGUUCAUCAAGGUAGUUCAGAAGUUUUAUGUACGUGCUUUAUUAAAUACAUAUGUAAAUAGUACUGCUCCAA